AUGGGCUGCGCCCCCAGCAUUCACGUCUCGCAGAGCGGCGUGAUCUACUGCCGGGACUCGGACGAGUCCAACUCGCCCCGCCAGACCACCAGCGUGUCGCAGGGCCCCGCGGCGCCCCUGCACGGCCUCUUCGUCCAGACCGACGCCACCGACGCCGUCCCCCCGAGCCGCGCGGCGGGACCCCCCGGCGCCGCCCGCGUCCACAGGGCCCGCGCCGAGCUGGGCAGCGGCAGCAGCACGGGCUCCGCAGCCCCCGCCGCGACCACCUGCAGGGGCCGGAGGCGUCACUGCUGCAGCAGCGCCGAGGCCGAGACUCAGACCAGCUACUCUAGCGUCAAGGUUUCUUCUGCGGAGGUACGCAUUGGGCCCAUGAGACUGACACAGGACCCUAUCCAGGUUUUGCUGAUCUUUGCAAAGGAGGACAGUCAGAGUGAUGGGUUCUGGUGGGCAUGUGACAGAGCCGGCUACAGGUGCAAUAUCUCUCGGACUCCAGAGUCAGCCCUUGAAUGCUUUUUAGAUAAGCACCAUGAAAUUAUUGUUAUUGAUCACAGACAAACUCGAAACUUUGAUGCAGAAGCUGUGUGCAGGUCGAUCCGGGCCACAAAUCCCUCCGAGCACACGGUGAUCCUUGCAGUGGUUUCACAAACAUCGGGUGACCAUGAAGAGGCCUCCGUCCUUCCUCUUCUCCAUGCAGGCUUCAACAGGAGAUUUAUGGAGAAUAGCAGCGUAACUGCUUGCUAUAAUGAACUGAUUCAAAUAGAACAUGGGGAAGUUCGCUCACAGUUCAAAUUACGGAAUUGGGAAGUCAUUAAACAGUCUAUGGCAGCUGGUAAACAGCAGGAUUAUACUGAGAACUCCUCGAUAUAUGUCAACCCUGCCUUCGAAAGGAUGAUGGGCUACCACAAAGGCGAGCUCCUGGGGAAAGAACUCGCUGAGCUGCCCAAAAGUGACAAGAACCGGGCAGACCUUCUCGACACCAUCAACACGUGCAUCAAGAAGGGAAAGGAGUGGCAGGGGGUUUACUAUGCGAGACGGAAAUCCGGAGACAGCAUCCAACAGCACGUGAAGAUCACCCCAGUGAUUGGCCAAGGAGGGAAAAUUAGGCAUUUUGUCUCCCUCAAGAAACUGUGUUGCACCACUGACAAUAAUAAGCAGAUUCACAAGAUUCAUCGUGAUUCAGGAGACAAUUCUCAGACAGAGUCUCAUUCAUUCAGAUACAAGAAUAGGAGGAAAGAGUCCAUUGAUGUGAAAUCAAUAUCAUCUCGAGGCAGUGAUGCACCAAGCCUACAGAACCGUCGCUAUCCAUCCAUGGCAAGGAUCCACUCCAUGACCAUCGAGGCUCCCAUCACAAAGGUCAUAAAUAUAAUCAAUGCAGCCCAAGAAAACAGCCCAGUCACAGUAGCAGAAGCCUUGGAUAGGGUUUUAGAAAUUUUACGGACCACAGAACUGUACUCCCCUCAGCUGGGUACCAAAGAUGAAGAUCCUCACACCAGUGAUCUUGUCGGAGGCCUGAUGACUGAUGGCUUAAGAAGGUUGUCAGGAAAUGAGUAUGUGUUUACUAAGAAUGUGCACCAGAGUCACAGUCAUCUUGCGAUGCCAGUGACCAUCAACGAUGUUCCCCCUUAUAUUGCUCAAUUACUUGAUAAUGAGGAAAGUUGGGACUUCAACAUCUUUGAAUUGGAAGCUGUUACACAUAAAAGGCCAUUGGUUUACCUGGGCUUAAAGGUCUUUUCCCGGUUUGGAGUAUGUGAAUUUUUGAAUUGUUCUGAAACCACUCUUCGGGCUUGGCUGCAAGUGAUUGAAGCCAACUACCACUCCUCCAAUGCCUACCAUAACUCCACUCAUGCCGCCGACGUCCUGCAUGCCACUGCUUUCUUCCUUGGAAAGGAAAGAGUAAAGGGAAGCCUGGAUCAGCUGGAUGAGGUGGCAGCACUGAUUGCUGCCACAGUCCAUGACGUGGAUCACCCGGGAAGGACCAAUUCCUUCCUGUGCAAUGCAGGCAGUGAACUCGCUGUGCUCUAUAAUGACACAGCUGUCUUGGAGAGUCACCACACAGCCCUGGCCUUCCAGCUCACAGUCAAGGACAGCAAGUGCAACAUUUUCAAGAACAUUGACAGGAACCAUUAUCGAACACUGCGCCAGGCUAUUAUUGACAUGGUCUUGGCAACGGAGAUGACAAAACAUUUUGAACAUGUGAACAAAUUUGUGAAUAGUAUCAACAAACCAAUAGCUGCUGAGAUUGAAGGCAGUGACUGUGAAUGCAACCCUGUUGGGAAGAACUUUCCUGAAAACCAAAUGCUGAUCAAGCGCAUGAUGAUUAAGUGUGCUGAUGUGGCCAACCCAUGCCGCCCCUUGGACCUGUGCAUUGAAUGGGCCGGGAGGAUCUCUGAGGAAUAUUUUGCACAGACUGAUGAAGAGAAGAGACAGGGGCUACCUGUGGUGAUGCCAGUGUUUGACCGGAACACCUGUAGUAUCCCCAAGUCCCAGAUUUCCUUCAUUGAUUACUUCAUAACAGACAUGUUUGAUGCUUGGGAUGCCUUUGCACAUCUGCCAGCCCUGAUGCAACAUUUGGCUGAUAACUACAAACACUGGAAGACAUUGGAUGACCUAAAGUGCAAAAGUCUGAGGCUUCCGUCUGACAACUAAAGCCAAGCCAGAGAACCUGACCCCUUGACCUACAAAAGGCACUGUGAAUCACAGUAGUGUAAGCAAGAGGCUUUCCUUUAUAAUGAAAAUGACAAAUGUAGGUUAAGGAGCUGAUGUUUAAUAUUUGACGUUAAAUCAUUCAAAUCCCCAAAUCUCAUUUUUCAGAAAGUUAUGUUCCAUGAAGAAAAAUGUUUUUUUGAACAAUCACUUAAAAAUACUUGGCAAACUCCUUUGCUCUGCUGUCAUCCUGCGUGCCCUUGUCAAACCAUGGAGCUGAUUCUUCGUAAUUAGCAGGACACAAAAAGCAGAGACUUGGUGCAUGUGAGCCCAUCCCCUGGAUGAUGACCAAGUAAGUUAGUGUUCAGCUCAUCUCUUACCAUAAAAGUUACCAUGACUGUUUAGCUAUUUUCCUCAAGAGCAUCAGUCUGAAGGAAUCAUAAGAAGCCCAUCUGAACAGAUAUAUCCAAGAGAAAAAAAAAAAACUAUAUAAAAUAAGCAAAACUGGGACCAAGUUAUUAGCAAACUAGUUAGCAUCAUAGCCUCCAUGGCUAGAUGGUUCUUCUGGUCAAUGGUGACACUCAAAUUAGAACACAGCCUUGGCCUGGUGAGUGUUCUUUAGACUGGUAUCAGCAGUCUCUGCAGCCCUCUGUCUGGUAAAAGAGAUUCAUCUUAACAGAAGCCAUCCAUGAUGGGGGAGGGAAUGACAUCUUGUUUUGGGGGAAAUCCAUAAGCUUCCCUUAUUUCUGGGUUACAGAGGCAGCCACAAGGCACUACACUAAGUAUUAUAUAAAAGCCAUUAAAUUUGAAUGCCCUUGGACAAGCUUUUUUUAAAAAGAAAAAAUUUAUAUACAUUUGCUGUUUAAAAUUUUUAUUAAAACAAUCUAAAUUUUCCAGGUUAAGUCCAUGGAGUAUGUUGUGCCAUGUACCAUCUAUACAUAUAUAUCUGGGGAGGGGAGAGGGGAAGUUUCAAGGUUGAGAUGUUUUUAACCUAUCUAUAUUUGAGAUCAUGCCAUUUUACUCUAAUGGUGUAAGAAAAAAAAACUGCAAGAUGUGUAAAUAUAUCAGAAAAUACGCAUACAGGGGAGGCAGUAAAUACUAUUUUAAGCUAUUAAUUGUACGCUAAAAGCUUCUAAAGCACAGUGCAUAUUUUUAUACAGCUCUUUUCACAACUUUGUGAUCUACAUAAAGUCAAACUGAGAUUCUCCUUUCACCAGCCAACCCUUCUCUAUGUAUUAUAAGUACUAAAUAUCCAGUAAACAAAAUAUCUUAGAUUUUCUUUCAAAUUCUCUGUACGCCAUGCUGCAUUUUUAAGAGGUAUAAACAGAGAGAGUAAAUUAAUUAAACCAGGAGUUUAUUUUUCUUUCAAAUGAAAAUUGGAAUGCAGAACACCUGAAACUGGUAAAUGGGAAGAAAAAAAAUGAUUUGUCGCUACAUAAUGUGCCAAUGUUUUUUUCUAUGUUUUGUACCAAAAAUGGAAACACAUAUGACAAUUCCAUACAAAGAAAUGUAUCUAACUUAUUUUUGUUAGCUAAGAAAACUUGUUUGGUCACUACAGCUGCCAGCUUUGUAUUGUAAUGCUGCAUUAUAUAAAUGUGAUGAAAAUGUUUUUGUGAAGUACUUGUAACUAAAUUCCUACAGCCAUU